CGCGGAAGUGGGGAAGGUUUCCUGACGAUUCACCAGGCUAAGUGGCUAAGCUAACACACCUGGCCGCAUAACAGCGUCACCGGCAAGCUGCGACUGCAGACAGCGAGCAGAACUCGAGAAAAACAGGACCAAGAUGACGGCCGCUCCUUACAACUACUCCUACAUCUUCAAAUACAUCAUCAUCGGUGAUAUGGGAGUAGGGAAGUCUUGUCUCCUCCACCAGUUCACAGAGAAGAAAUUCAUGGCAGACUGCCCCCACACCAUCGGGGUGGAAUUUGGGACGCGGAUCAUGGAGGUUCAUGGUCAGAAGGUGAAGCUGCAGAUUUGGGACACAGCGGGUCAGGAGCGCUUCAGGGCCGUCACCCGUUCCUACUACAGAGGUGCUGCUGGAGCCCUCAUGGUCUAUGACAUCACAAGGAGGAGUACCUAUAACCAUCUGAGCAGCUGGCUAACUGAUGCCAGGAACCUGACCAACCCAAACACAGUGAUCAUUCUUAUUGGAAACAAGGCAGACCUGGAGGCGCAGAGAGACGUUACAUACGAGGAGGCAAAACAGUUUGCUGAUGAGAAUGGUCUGCUGUUCUUAGAGGCUAGCGCCAAGACUGGGGAGAACGUAGAGGAAGCCUUCCUGGAAGCUGCCAAGAGAAUCUACCAGAACAUCCAGGAUGGCAGUCUGGAUCUGAACGCUGCCGAGUCUGGAGUCCAGCAUAAACCCUCAGCCCCGCAGGGAGGACGCCUCAACUCCGACUCACAGCCGGCCAAGGAGGGCUGCAGCUGUUAGACACAGACACACACACAGACACAGACACACAGACACAGACACACACACACAGACACACACACACACACACACACACACACACACGCAUAUACAAACAGCUUUGGACACACUCACAGAUGCAUGCUGACUCUAUGGCACACACACACACAGGUGCAGACACAGGAACAUGGAACUACACACUCACACACAGACACAUACAUCACUGUAACUCAGCUCUGACCCGCUAGACUUUUUUAAGCAAUUUUAAUUGAUAUUAAGUUAUUGAUUGUUGAAGUAAAGAUUAAUUCUUGACCAAUUAAGAGAUUAAGCAGACCAGGAUCCAAACCACUGUAUUGUUGAGGAAGGUGACGAUGAGGAUGAGUAUUGACUUAACAAAACUCAUGAUUUAUAUACUGUUACCCACAAUCCUUUGCUGUCCCAUGAUGGCACAGCGCUCCCUGGUGGCCAUUUUGCAUCCCUCAUAGUCAGUGUUCAGUGUGGGGAAGAAAUAACCUUUCUAAGGUGGAAGAGGUGUGUGUGUGUGUGUGUGUGUGUGUGUGUGUGUGUGUGUGUGUGUGUGUGUGUGUGUGUGUGUGUGUGUGUGUGUAUGUGUGUUGGGAUGUUCAGUACUCUGAACAUCCCAUGUCAUCCCAUCCUAUAACCAUUUCAUCUGAUUUAAAGAGGAAGUGAUGUCGUGGUCGUGUGUCUGUUCCUUGGUACCCCGGAGCUGCAGGACGCCAGCAUCCGACUCUGCAGAUGCUUCUCCAGCAGCUGAUCUGCAUCCAGGCCGGUUGUGAUUCCAGCGUUAGUCUCCCAUGAUGCAUUCCACAGCUUAGUGACAUCACAACACCAUACCACUGUCUUCACAUAAAGAGACGAUUUAAAACGAGUCACCAGAGUCUGGCGGGUGUUAAGAACUUGUUCUGUUCUCCUGGAAGCAGCCGUCUGGAGGCGCUUCUGUUCUGUUCUGGUUGGACUCGCUGUGUUUUCUGGGUUCUGGGGUUCAUUUCUGUGUACAUAAAUGCUCAUCAAUGAGGUGGGGUUGAGUUUGUUGUUGUAUAAAAUCCUGUUCAUAUGAUUGUGAAUACACAGACUUGGUCAUGUGAUCCAGCUGAAACUUUGACAGACAGCAGUCUUCUCCAAUCACGGCACUAGAUUAGUUAAUGAAGCCUCGCCCUCACUCUGGGACAAGGCUGUGUUAUUCUCAGUGUGUGUGUGUGUGCUGUCCGUGUGUGUGUGUAUGCUCUUUCAUGCAUGUUGAAACACGAGUGACGUCCGUACACACACACACACACACACACACACACACACACAUUGACAGUCCCACGCUGUGUGUGUGGAUGCUCCGCCGCCUCCUCUGGCCUCCUGCUGUAUCUCUGCUCUGUAUAUUUAACUCUUUCUUUUCUCACGUGUGUUUCCUGUAAAGAAAACGUAACGACUGGCUUCUUCUGAUUCUUUGAUAUUUAUAUUCUAAACCGAUCUGUACGGAUUCUCCUCAGCUGGGUCUUUCAUUGUACAAUCAGGAGAAGUCAGCUCAUGAUGGGGUUUGUAAAUAAAGUAUAUAUAUAUAUAUAUAUAUAUACAUAUAUAUAUAUAUAUAAAAAUA